AUGCUUGCCGGAUUUCGAACGACGACUACGCGAGCUGUGACUUUCAAUGCUCCAAGACCUCUCCGUGCCAUAAUCGGGCGACCCUGCUAUGCUGCAGCUACAAGAGCUUUCCAUAACGCGACGGCAGAGUUCACCCAACUGGGUCCAGAGGGCAAACUUGUCAAAAAGGAGAUUUCUAUACGAGUUGGUGACCCUGGGGAUGCCUAUGUCUGUAUUCCUACAGAUGUCGGCUAUGCUCUGCAGGCCAGCGGCCGCCUCGCUCAUAGCUCACCAGCUCUCCCAAAACGCCUGGAUAGGCUCGCAUUAAGCUACUUCCACGAUACCCAGCACUUUGCCCUUGACUCGUCACCUGGUUGCCCCCGCCUCGUUGUCCCUCAACAGCUUCCCCACCAGUCUACCGCGAAUAUAAGCCCGGCAACCUUAUACCUCUACGGCGUGAUGCAUACAAUCGCCCUGGACGGAACUAAUGAUGCGGAGUUUGCGGAAAUCGCUAGUACUAUAAUACCAGACAUCGGAGUGGCGCUUGACAGAUUAAAGGAUAUGUGA